AGCUUUUCAGCGCGAGAGUCUGUUUUCCCAGCUGGUAGUUUUAGAGGCCUUCCAACCAUGGCGCGUCGGACAGCACUUCCUGGCCUCAUGGCAGUCCUGGCACUGCUUUGCGCCACACAGGUCUGCUUCUUUGGCUAUUUCGGGCGCUCGGGCCUGGAGCUGAGGGCCAAGGCAGAGCCCACCAAGACGAAGCCCUCGGCUCCGCCAUCGCCGCCCCCGCCGAUGGUGGUGGCGCCAAAGCCGGCCUCCGCGAGCGCCCCAGUGGAGGAUGCGAAGGAGGCUCCAAAACCAGUCGAGACCAACGAGGACCCGCUCGAGGCACUGGCGGUCUCUAGGGAAAAGAUGUCCAAGGAGCUUCUGGCGCUGGCGAAGUCCAUGGGCCUGGAGACCAACACGACGAAGUCUGACCUGGAUGUGAGGGACCUCAUCGCGCAGGCGAAGACGAAGGGCGCCGAAGAGAUGAAGAAGCUCAAGGAGCUCGAUGCGCGCCUGGUGCGGGCCGAGCUGCAGCUCAUGCUCUCGGAGUCCAACCCUGAGCUCUCGGACUUUGCGCUGGUGACGCAAGCCGCGGCCCAGGGGAAGAAGUUGAAGGAGGCCAUGGCAAAGAUCAGCAGCCUGGAGGCGUCGCUGGACGCUUCGGAGCAGCGGGCGAAUGACCUGCUGGCUGCCAUGAAGGACAUGGGUGGCAAACUGGGUGUUGGUGGCUUCAAUGGGCUGAUGCAGUUCUUCAUGAGCGAGGAGGCGGCCAACCAAGUCCGGGAGCUGAUCUGGGUCCAUGGCGCUGCUGGCAGGCUGUGCUGCAACUUCCGGAGAUGCCGUUGUUCGAGAGCAGGACCUCAGGAGCAGCUGCUGCCUUGGGAGCUGCGGCAGCCGGAUUCUCGGGAGCUGCGGUGGCAGCCAGAGCUGCUUUGUUGGGAGGUGCCAAUGUUGGCCUGCUUGGCCUGAGCCUUCAUCAAGGCGAUCAUGAAAGAGACCAAGGACAAGGUGACCAAACUCGCCUCCAAGCGCUGAGUCGCUCCCUCGGAUCCUCGGAUCCUCGGAUCCUCGGAUCGCGGGCGGAAAGGGAGCAGUGGAUCUCCAUCCUCAGGUGCCCAAAGCGAAUUUACGGGAUCUGACCGUCUCUGACCUUUUUGUUCUCCC